AUGGAUAGGGCGACGACGUCGUCGAGGGCGUCCACGGCGCGGACGUUUCACGACGGUGAUCGAGGAAGGGGCGGCGCGCGAUCGAGGCGGGAUCUCGGGGGAGGACGACGGGCGAGAAGAAGCGGACGAAGGGCGGUGACGAGCGCGGUGUUCGACGCGCUCAAGUUUGACCCCGAUAGAGUGUCGGUGUCGUUCGACGCGACGUCGACCGAGGUAGAACCGGAGUCUUUACUACAGAGAAGGUACACGCUGACGCAUAACGACGUCACGCGAAAUCUGACUCUCACGGUGGGCACGACAUUCAACGAUGAGCAGACGUCCGUUUGGUACACGCGACUCCUCAGAGACGAGGUUCUCGCCGAGUGGAGAGAGGACGGGUUGCACGUCUUCUGUCAAGUGAGCGCGAAUGAGGCGUGGUGGAUACGAUGGGCGGCGCCCUUUCGUGCGGUCGUGUUUCGGCAAAAGUUACCACUGGUGUUGGAUACGCUGAGAUACGCCGAGAGAGAGCUAUUGGCGACCUACCCGGAGUUGUUUGACAGCCCGGUGUACGUCAACUUUGGCGAGGCGAGCGGACCGGGAGAUAAGGAGUAUUGGGGGGACCUCCGCACCGCGGGAUCGGAAGAGACCAAGUCCAAGCGAGUGGUUUGCGCCGACGGCGCGGGUUUAGAUCCUCGGAUAGCAGAUAACGUUAGGCAAACAAUCAAGGGGCCGCGCGGAAGCGGUGUUAUUGACAUCGGAGGGGUGGUAUUGGAAAAGUCGCCGACUCCUCCGCGUUAG